AUGCUUCUGGCGCGCUACCACACGCCACGAGAUACUAUCAUGAAUAAUAAUAAUAUUGUGGAGCGCCCGGAGCGCCAAGCCCGUAAACGGGCAAAUAAGAAACAACAGGAGUACUUAGUAGAGAAGCUCCAUGCUAAUAUAGGAAUCGCGAGGGAAAACACAGCACUUCGAGAAGUGGUUGAUUUUUGGGCAGCAUUAAGCACUGAGCUUAACCAGCUGGGAUGCUGCAGGACUGUACAGGAGUGGCAGCAUAUUUGGAAUUUGUGGGUCUCCAAAGUGAAAAUAAAGGCUCGAAAGGUGCGAGACACCACCAGGGCAACUGGUGGUGGGCCAGCAGGAGCAGGCCUUACAGAUAUUGAGGAGAAAAUCCUUGAUAUUGUGGGGUCUGCUUCUGUAGAUGGAUUCGUCAAUCUAGAAGCGGCCUUGCCACCAAGUCCUGGUGUAGUGCCACCUGGAGAGCCUUUACACGAAAUACUGCCCCCUGUGCACCCAGAAUCACCAGUCCACAAUGAAGCUGAAGUACAGUCUACUCCAAGAAUUCAAAAUUCUUCCCGGGUACAUAGCCCCCAUCGACAACAACGACAUCGAACAAGGCCCCAUCGACGUCCCCGCCCACCAGUUCAUGGCAGCUUAGUGGCUAGCCUCAAUGAGAACAAUAGAUUGUUAAGAGAAGCAAUAGGUACUGCAGCAGAAAGUAUUGCAGCUGCUAUGAGAGACAGCGCAGCCAUGGUGCGUGCAUCUGAGAUCAUAGCAGCAGCAAUACAGUCUGCUGGAGUACCAGUUUUCAUUCAACAGAAUGAAAAUAAUACUAAUUAAUAAAUUAAUUGAUUACAUAGUAUUAUUUUCAUUCUGUUGAAUGAAAUGCACCUAUUUAAUCUAAUAAUAUUAUAAAUGUGAAAGUGUGGAUGUUUGUCCUCAAUCACGCAAAAACUA